AUGCCGAACACGGCUGCACCUAAAUCGGUCCAGCAUUCGACCCUGGACCAUGCCAGCACCGAAAAGGGGUAUAGCCCUGGUGACUACUCCUCCGGGGUGGAAUCAGAGAACGAGCUGGAUGGCUCCAGUGCAGUGCGGACCCUGAAACGAAAACGGCCCCUAACUGUUUCGUGCGAAUUGUGUAAGCAGAGAAAGGUGAAAUGUGAUCGGGUCCAGCCCAGCUGCGGCUGGUGUACACGCAAUGGCCAAUUGUGUGAAUACAGAGAACGAAAGAAACCUGGAUUGAGAGCCGGUUAUGGAAAGGAACUAGAGCAGCGACUGGACAAGCUGGAGGAAGUCAUCCAGGCGCAGGCACGCCUCAUUGAAACUCAUAUACUGCAGGGCCGAGCAUCAAGGAGCCAUGGCCAACCGUGUGUUGCUUCCGUAUGUUAUAACUCUCCGCCAGAGCUUUCAGGUGUGCCCGGCCCUAGUCCGCGCACGGGAGGUUAUUGUAAUGAUGCCUCGCCGGGGAAUCUGCCCCAUCACCGAGCGGAUGCGACGAUUGCAACGCCGUCCGAAUCUUCGAGGAGAGCCUUGAACUACAAUGGUGUGGGCAGCAGAGGCUCAGUACCAUCCCUGGGCUCAUUACCCCCAGCAAGCAACGCACAGAUGAAUAACGACUAUACUGGGAAUGAAUCAUCUCUAAAGGUACCCGUGAGUCUGUUUGGAAAUCAAGAGCAGAGCCUCGCAGACCCAGACUUGGAUCUUCCACCAUACGAUUUGCUGUAUGCGUUGGUGGAUCUUUAUUUCGAGCAUAUCAACACGUGGUGUCCCAUCCUUCAUCGCCGUUCCACCUUGGACACAUUCUUUGGCCCUUCGCCAUUGCAGGAAGCAGAUCGAAUGGUACUCUACGCAAUUGUGGCCACCACCCUGCGAUUCUCUACUGAUUCUCGAUUGACUGAUCGAAAUCGGAAGCGGUAUCACGACUCGUCGAAGCAAAAAGUUCUUCUCUACGGCCUGGAGAGCUCCUCAGUGAAGGCCCUCCAGGCUCUCGUCAUUCUUGCAAUUGACCUGGUUGGCUCAUCCAACGGGCCACCAGGUUGGAAACUGCUUGCUCUCAUCACCAGAUCCGUAGUUCGGCUUGGAUUGGCUGUCGAAGCAAAAUCCGCUCUCAUCGCACCGGUAUAUCCCUCUAUUUACACGCUUAGGGCCGUGACGUUACCUGAGUCUGAAUCCUGGAUUGAGGAUGAAAGCCGGCGUCGACUGUUCUGGAUGGUCUACCUACUUGAUCGCUAUUCCACCAUUGCGACUGCGUUCGAUUUCGCAUUGGAUGACAAGGACAUUGAUCGCAAGCUACCCUGCAAGGAAGAGUUUUUCCUCAAAAACCAGCCCGUCGAGACUCGGAGGUUUCGAAGCACCAACGAUCGAGUGGACCACCACAACCAUGCAGAGAACGUUGGUUCCUUUGGGUUAUAUAUGGAAAUCCUCGGGAUUCUCACUCGCAUACAUGUGUUUUUGAAAAAGCCUGUCGACAUUGGCUCGCUGUCCGACGUUGAAGAUUGGCAAGCGACUUACCGCAGGCUUGAUAGCGAGCUGACAUCGUGGGAGUUCAAUCUGCCCUUUGAGUACACGUACGAAAAUGCAUCAAGAGUCUUCGCCGGAGGCAAACAAAAUCGAUCGCUCCAUAGCGAGUGGGUACAGCUUCAUGCCACUUAUCAAACAGCCGUGAUCCGCUUGCACUCAUCUGCCGCAUAUCCUACGACCCGCUCGCCAAUCUUCACUCCAUCUUAUAGCGCUAGUCAACGAUGUCUAUUAGCCGUUGACAACAUCUUGUCUGUCACCAAGAUUGUGGUCGAGAAUAACCUGCUCAACAAACUGGGUCCUCCAUUCGCAUUCUCUCUCUGGGUCUCAGCCCGCCUUAUCCUGGUCCACGGCUCGACGAUCGCGCACACUGUCAGCCGGGACAUUCUCUUCUUCGUUGACACCCUCUCCCAGAUGGGCCAGCACUGGAAAGUCGCCGAGCGUUACAGCAAUAUUUUACAGCGGGUCCUCGACGAAUAUAGCGAGUAUCAACAGUCUGGCGCAACAGACGGCGAGCGCACGACUCCAUCUACCGUCAAAAUCCUGGCCGAUAUGCGGCGAUGCGCAUUCGACCUCGACUUUUUAAUUUCCCGUCAACCGCGAGAAUCCCCGUCGAGCGUGAGCAACGAUCUACGCCGGCCGUCGUUGGCAGCCAUUACACCGCGCAACCCGGCGCCCAAUGAACUGGAAUAUCUCGAUGUCUUUGGAUUCUUCAACUUCCCGCGUGUGCCUCCAACUUGUGUCCCGGAUACCGCCACGGAUGGUGCGAAUGCCAAUCAUCUCAGCAUGUCUGAAACUGUGCCGAAUCCCAUGUCUAUCCACGGACUCACUGGCAAUGGGUCCAUGAUGGACGGCAAUGGUUCAGUGAAUGCGAACGAGUUCAAUAUCACCAACUACUUGAUACCCACGCCAGAGACAGAUUGGUUGUUCCGACCUGGAGGAUGA